AUUAAUUGCUUGUUCUUCUCUCUUAACAUGGUAUGCAUCUUGGUCUGAAGAGGAGCAAUCUUGAGGAAACCUGGGGUACAAUGUUAGCAAUGCCUCAGUAGAUGUCUGUUUUUUCCCACCCUUCCUCCUCUCCCUCCGGCCCCAAAUACAGUCAAGUUACGCCAACUGCAGUCUUUUGUGAGGUGCUUGGCUUUCAAUUUUGCUUUGUGCAAUGCCUCUGGAUGCUUGCGUGAAGCUGGGGAUCGUUCUGUCUAGGGCAUCAUCCCACCAUGCUUAACAACCGUUGCGUCAACGUGAUGGUAAACGUGGGUUUGCGGAGUUCUGCUUUUGAUAAUGGUUGGGGAUAUGCAGGGAAGAAUGGCGCUGCGUAGACUAAAAGCUACAGGAAGAAAGACUGGUGCAUGAAAUGUGCCAGAGAAAGUAGCAGAACAUGGGAGAUAUGUGGGAGUUCUGUACAGCCAAAGGAGCAGAACAGGUGGGAGUCUUUUCCUCAGGCAACUGUGAACAAAAAAAGUAAGAGAUUUCUUUUUCUUACUAGUGUGCACCUGUGGGGGUUUUCCUGAAGAGGUGUGGGGUGAUGUGGAGCCAUCCUUGUGCAGCAGCAGCCUUUGGUCCGUGGGCAAGAAAGCAUAAAGAAAAGGUCAGGCUUCACUUACGAGCUGUUUCCAUUUCUGGCAACAAGAGGCAAGAAAUCACAUGUGGUUCGUUAAUUCAGCAGAUCUGUCGACAUCUAUCCUGAGAUGCUAUUUUGGAACCCAUUUGGCUGUUUUACCCACCACAGUAUGAGUGCUUUGGCUGCAGGAGUGAUUCUGAUGAGACCCAAGGAGGCUAUUCAGCACUUUAAUAGCAUUCAUCUCUGAGAGAGGAGUAGCAGUGCUGAGAGUGGCUUGUGGACGCCUACCCGUGAUGAUUCCACCAUCUGCAACAACCCCUGUCAGCGAUGCUGCACUCUUGCCAAGUGUGGCUUCUCAGGAAAUCUGGAGGUCACAAGUUCCGGGCUAUUCUGGAUCGGUCACGCGGCACAUAAGUCACAGGGCUAACAACUUCAAGAGACACCCAAAAAGGAGAAAACACAUCCGCCCUUCGCCGCCGCCACCGCCAAAUACUCCAUGUCCUAUUGAUUUGAUUGACUUUGGGGAUCUCCAGCCUCAGAGGUCUUUCCUAGAACUCCUGUUUAAUGGGUGCAUUCUCUUUGGGCUUGAGUUCAGCUAUGCCAUGGAAACAGCCUAUGUUACUCCUGUGCUGCUUCAGAUGGGGCUUCCAGACCAACUGUAUGGAAUGGUGUGGUUCAUCAGCCCUAUAUUAGGGUUUUUGCUGCAGCCUUUGCUGGGGGCCUGGAGUGACAGAUGUACAUCAAGGUUCGGGAGGAGAAGACCUUUCAUUCUGGUCUUAGCAGUAGGAGCGUUGCUUGGGCUCUCGCUUAUGCUGAAUGGCAAAGAUAUAGGGACUGCCUUGUCUGACACUGCGAAUAACCACAAAUGGGGAAUCAUUCUUACGGUCUGCGGUGUCGUCCUCAUGGACUUCAGUGCAGAUUCAGCAGACAAUCCCAGUCAUGCCUACAUGAUGGAUGUAUGCAGUCCAGUGGACCAAGACAGGGGCCUCAACAUCCACGCUUUGUUAGCAGGUCUUGGAGGUGGCUUUGGUUAUGUUGUUGGAGGAAUACACUGGGAUAAAACCAGUUUUGGAAAAGCUGUGGGAGGGCAACUUCGCGUCAUCUAUGUCUUCACCUCAGUUAUACUGACUGUCACUACUGUGCUGACUCUAAUUAGCAUUCCAGAAAGACCCUUAAGGUCCUUUAGCAGGAAGAAAAAGGUGAUGAAGAGUCCAAGUCUUCCUCUCCCUCCUUCUCCACCUUUCUUCUUUGAGGAGGGUGUAAAUGAAAACUUUGCUUCUCAUAACUCAGCUCACUUAUAUGCAAGUUUUACGAGUCCAGUUUCCCCCCUCAGCCCACUCACGCCCAAAUAUGGCAGUUUUGUCAGCAGAGACAAUUCCUUGACUGGAAUUAAUGAGUUUGCAUCAUCAUUUGGGACUUCAAAUAUUGACAGCGUGCUUAUAGACUGUUUUACAGGCGGGCACAACAGCUACUUAGCACUUCCAGCUAGCUUGCCCAGGCAGCCUGUCAGUGUCAGCUUUCCUCGGGUGCCUGAUGGCUGUUACCAAGGAGAAAAUGGAGUUCUGGAGCAAGGGGAGAGCAGCAUAACGCCGGGGCCUGAUGGCGAGGUGCUAAGAGUGGGCUCACUGGAUGCAACAAAGCCACGGUCAUCAGGGAUCCUGAAAAGACCUCAGACCUUGGCCAUUCCAGAUAUUGUAACAGGACACUGUCCAGAAAAUAGCAGAAGAAGAAAUGUAACCUUCAGCCAACAGGUUGCUAAUAUCUUGCUGAAUGGUGUUAAGUAUGAGAGCGAGCUGAAUGGAUCAGGUGACACCUCUGAGCAACCACUCUCCGUGAAACUUCUUUGUUCGACCAUCUGCCACAUGCCCAAGGCUCUUCGUAACCUCUGCAUCAACCAUUUCCUAGGAUGGCUUUCGUUUGAGGGGAUGUUACUCUUCUAUACCGACUUCAUGGGAGAAGUAGUGUUUCAAGGGAAUCCGAAAGCGCCUCACAACUCAGAUGAGUAUCAGAAGUACAACGCUGGGGUCACCAUGGGCUGCUGGGGCAUGUGCAUCUAUGCAUUCAGUGCUGCUUUCUAUUCAGCUGCACUGGAGAAGCUGGAGGAGCGGUUCAGCACACGGACACUGUACUUUGUGGCAUAUUUGGCCUUUGGGCUGGGCACGGGGCUGGCCACGCUCUCCAGAAACGUCUAUGUAGUGCUGUCACUCUGCGCUACCUACGGCAUCCUCUUCACCACGCUCUGCACGCUGCCCUACUCCCUGCUCUGCGACUACUACCAGAGCUGCGAGUUUGUAGGCUCGCAGGCGGAGGGCACACGGCGCGGGAUGGGCGUUGACAUCUCCCUGCUGAGCUGCCAGUACUUCUUGGCACAGAUCCUCGUGGCCCUGGCCAUGGGGCCGCUGACAGCGGCUGUGGGCAGCGCCAGCGGCGCCAUGUACUUUGCCAGCCUGGUAUCCUUCCUGGGCUGUCUCUUCUCUUCCCUCUGCGUCACCUACGAGUCGCCGCUCGCCGAGGAGCUGCCGCCCGCCGAGGAGCAGCGCCCGCUCUUGCCCCGCGCGCGGAACGAAUAAAUGGGAGAAGCCGCCACAGCCUCUUGCUGCCUCAUUGCGUUGCCCUCGGCCUCCCCGUCGCGGCGCGGUGGGCUCGUGCGCCCCCAGGACGGCAGCAGUGGGCCUGGCAAAUGGCGAGAAGGUCUGUGCUGGCUUCGCCGAGCUUCCCCCUGCCCACAGGAGCCGAGGGGCGAGUUGGCGGCACCUGGCACCACUCAUCCUUCCCCUGAGGCGGCAAAGGCCCAUCUGUGCCCCUAGGGCCACAGCAACGGGAAGUGGUGGUGUCAGCGUGGGGCCAUUCCCUCCAGCCGCCCUGCGGUGCCGUCGGUCGGCAGGGCGAGUUGGCGUUGUCCAGCCUGAGGCAGGGGACCCGGAAGCCUGGUGUCCGGGCAGGGCGACCACUAUCUCUCGGGUGGCAGCGAGCUGCGGGGCCGCACACGCUGCUGCAGGCACUGCUGCUGCCAGAGCGCUGGGGCUGCGGCGCUCCGCCGGCUUCGUGGGCAGAAGGUGCUAUCUCGCAGCCAGGCGGAGCAGCCCGGUCCUCAGUUGCCGAGGGCAGUGGUGACUCCCGCGAGGCCUCGGGGAGCGGCAGGGCCAACCUGCGGGUACUUGUGGUAGGCCUGGCUCUGGACGGGUGCUUUUCAAAACUUGGGAAAGGCAGAGAGUGACUGGUCUUGCUCAGGUGGCGUAACUACUCUGUCAAGUGCCACAGCCAGGCUCCUGGGUGCGCAGAGCUCCCGCCAGCAGAACUGCUCCAAGAAGCCACUGUGGGGUGAAACCGCAGUGGCCUGGCUUGCAAACCCUGCUCUGUAGGUUCUGGCUGUGGUCCACAGUGGUGGUUGCCAAUAUGUGCAUAUUUGCUUCCACAUUAGACUUUUAACUAGGACUACAAGGGCUUGUGAUGACUUAGCAGGAGGACAGGCAGUUGUCCAUAAGCCACCUUUGGGGAGAAGGGUCUUUUUGCAUCAACUUCUUUUGGGUAGAAGCUUACUCUCAAAGUUGAGAAUGUAAGAAGAAUCAUUUAUGUGAAAGCCUGCAGCACAUCAUCCUUGUUUUUCAUUCAGUUGUACCUUGUGACAUUUUAAAAUCUGCAUGGGAUCAGUGAUUAAGUACUUGUCAGCUAGAGCUGCAUCUUCCAUCUCUCACUGAAACUAGUAAAAGGGCUUUGAGUUACAUUAUCUGUGAGAAUUCUUAAUUAUUCUGAUUUUGGAAGGUGGUAAGUGUGUGAGGUCUCAUAUAAGUUCCAUUUAAGCCCAGGAGUCUUUUAAGUCUUGAGAGCAAAGACGAAAACAGAAAUAAAACUGUUUCUAGGAUCCCUGUCAGCCUGCCUCUGUAUUUGGGUAGACAGCCAAGGUUUACCAAGGCUGAUGGGGCAUUUUGGUGUUUACGUGUGCUGUGCAUGGCAUCCCUCUGGAGGUUAUUUUUGCUCACUUUGUCUUUGGGUGCAGAAGAAGGGUUUUCUCUGGAGUGUCACUCCUUUUAAAUGAGUUGUACUUGACUGUUCACCCAAGUUUGUUCUGGUGCUUGAUCUGUGAUGCCAAGAUGAAAUAACUUGUGCAAUCUUUAGCUGUUGUGUCUUACUAUACCCCAGUGCUGAAAGUGUAAUGCACAGCUUGUAAGAACCUCUUGUUUUUAUCAUCCGUCCCCAAGUAUUACUUUUUUUUAUUUGAGAAGCAAGUUUCAUGCUACUCAGUAUUUACUUAAAUGGAGGAACGCUGAAGUUAAGCACUCAGAGGUAAAGGACUGUCAGAUUUAUGAGUCUGUUCAUCUUCCUUUUCUUUGUUUGGGCUUACAUAGUGUCAUAUCUGUAGGAGUAUCUGUGACAUGCCGUUUCCUGGAUUAUGGGACAGCUGUCUCCAAGAAUGUUCAGGAUGAAGCUGGAACAAAAUAGCCUGAGAAACUGUACAUUCGGCACUUCCGAUUUCUGACAAUCUAAAGACUUGACUUUGGAGAAUUUUUCUUUUCUUGUUGGUCUGCUGUGUAACCUUAAUUUCUCUUCCUUAUUGAACUUUUAAACUAAAAAAUUAUUUUUCUUUUUCUUUUUUUUUUUUUGGUCCCACUAGCUAAUGCGGUACUAGUUCUUAAAAUGUUUUCUCCUCUUAAGUUUUGUAGCCAGCAUUAUUGCACUAAAUGGAUCAUGAGCACUUUACUUUCCUAGGUAGCUGGAGUUGCAGAUCAUUUUGUUGCAAGCGAGGAUCUUCAACAGAUUCACAGAAUUGAUGAAAUCAAUGUAUUUGAUGGUAAUGUUUGUCUCUGCUUCCAUAUGUAAAUAACCUGAUGAAAUACAUUUAUAUAGUUAUAAAACUACUGCUAUGCCUGUAUGCGUUGCGCAAUAGAAUAUAUAUCACAUUUUCUAUUUUACAGGAUAUGGAUGUUGUUUUGCCUAUGUAUUUAUGUAGUGUUUACUUACAUAGUACUUUUAAGUCAACAUCAAUGUAUGUUAAUUUGGGGCUUUGAGCAAUACUGGUGGUGUCUGGAAAAAACCCAGAGCCCACCACCAUCAUGCAGAGUUGGAAGUCGCACCAAAUCCAUAGAAACUAACUUAAAGAAGAGGCACUGCUUACUUGCUUAUUCUCUUCCUUUGUCAUACAUUUUGUGUUUUACAGAAAUUACUGUAUGUGGUCACUGUUGAACUGUGAGCUGCAAAGUGAUGUUUACCUUUUGGAAUCCAAACCCUUCAAAUAUUCUAAAUCUGCAAGCUGCUGUUUAGGAGUAAGAUGCAUGAGUUUAGGCAGGAAAGUGAUUUUAUGCCGUGCUGUAGUUGAGUCUCUUCAGCGGUGCCUAAAGGUUAAUUUUGAUUAAGUCCUUAUCAUUAAAGGUUGCUUGAUGGCAAUUAUUUGUGGAUGUUCAUAAAUGUAUUUAUAACAGAUGUACAGAAGUAGGGAAAACGGGGAGAGGGACGGAGAAAGCACCUAAUCAAUUGUCUCACGUUUGUAAUUAAGCUAGCUGUAACCAUUUCAGCGUGUGCCUGCAGCUCACUUGACCUCUGCCAUGUCUCUCAAAAAAGACAAUCUAAUGAGUUUGGAAUGUUUGCUGUAUCUUUGAAUGAAGAAAAUAAGUCUUCUCAAGAAUCAAAUAAAAUAAAAUUGCAUGACACUAUAUAUAUAUAUAUAAAAAAAGAAAAGCUAUAUUGGGAGCUGCUUGAAAAGAGUUGUCUAGACAAUUUAUUUUCUACUGACAAGUAGUUAGUCAUCUGGUACUCUACAGGAGAUGCACUUUAUUUUAUUAAAAAAAGAAUUUGUCUUCAGGUGAAAGGUGGCUUUCUUACUGUAUGUUCUCCCUCCCUCAGACCGGAUGACAGCCUUAGCGAGAGACUUUUAGAUGCCAUUACCAUAACACCACCCAAUGGAGUGCAUUAAGUACAAUAAACAUCUUGAGAAUUCUAUGACUACUGGAGCCAAAAUGCCAAGGGAGUUCCCCAGCAUCUGUUUAAUUUAUCUAAAUUGACAUUUUCCAUACCUCUGGUUGUUAAGACAUAACAAUUCGUUUGGCUGCAGCAACUUUCCAUUGCUGUUCCUCUGCCCCAGGCUACCGCGUCUGUAGCAGGGAUCCAGCAAUAGCUUUCUCAAACAAAGGAUAACAAAUUUUGUUGCAAUAGCCAACAGAACGGCCAGCAGAGGAAAUCACAGCGUCAGAGCAGAAAUGAAGAUUUGGGUUUGUGUGAGUACGGUGCUAACCAAGCUUACGAGAGCUACUUAAACAAUGAGGAAUUUAACCAUAUUGCUAUCAAAUGCUAUGAAGAAUUACUAUACUAGAGAUUCAAGCUUCACUUGUCGCUUUCUUCAAGCCUAGUUUUUGCUGUGCGUCAGCCUAAUGAUACUCUGCUUCUGGCUUAUGCUCACUCCUUGUAUGCAGCUGUUUUGUUUAGCUCACACAACUUUCAGGGGAAAUAGGGGAAGGUGACAAUACAGCUGAAUGAGUUUAAUAGCUACUUCCUACCAAGAAAAGGAAAAUUCUUGCUCCUUUUGCCCUAGCCCUUGCUCUAGAGAAAGUAUGUAGUGCAGCAUCUACAGCAACACAUACACCCUUGAACUUGGAUCGCUGUACGUUACGUUACCACGUACAGCCCCCUUAAGCAACAGGUCAUCGUGGCUCUGAAGAAAAGUAUCAACUAAUCUCUUGAAAGGCAGGCUCAGCCGAAAGCCAAAGUUGCAUUCAGUGGUCAUAGCCUAACUGCUACUGGUUUUCUCUAGCAAACUCCAGAGGCCUCAGCCAUACCCUUUUUCCAGCACUGCGCUCUCACCAUUUGGAAGACACUGGAAUUGCUCUGUAAUUUGUUCGCAGCCUUUACCUGCUGACAGCAUCACAGCAGCUAUUUGAGAAUAAUGCUUUAUAAGCUUAGUAUGCUUUUUUUUUUUUUUCUUUUCUUUUUUAAAGCUGGGGCUGUCCUGUACUGGUGCACAGUACUCUGCAUCUGUGCAGAAAAAUCCACUGUUCCUAUGGCAGGCUGGGUUUACUGUGGCCUAGAGGCUGUGCAUUGUUGCACAAACUAUUCUUCUGAUCCACGUGCAGCAAUUUAGGAACCCUGAGUUACUUGUUUGGUCCACAAAAAGAAACAGGCCCACCGCUUGCACAGACACGGAAUGAGUUAGGUGAGGAGAAACACACAGUUUUCUGUAAGUCUCCGAUCAGUUGCAUGUUGUUUCUCAUUGUAGCAGGUGCCUUAGCAGGGGACUUAAGACAAUAGGCUGGGCAAGAGAAAAGCUGAGAGGAGCCACUGCGGAAAGCAUGACCUCAGCACUGCCAGACUAUCCUCUUAUUACUUCCUUCGUCUACUUGGUGUUCUUACUGUGUCUUGCAACAGUAGUGUCUGAUGCUAAUAGCCACUCACCCUAUUGCAUUACAGAGCACCCCUGUAGCACUUCCGUAUUCAAAAGGACAUGAAAGCAACUGCUUUACUGCCUCAUGUAUGAUUAUGGGAUGCUUUGUUUAGUAACAAAGUAAAGUAGUUUGGGUUUUUUAUUAAUAGGCAAAAAAGCCAGGCCUCCACAAAACUGUCUCAAAAGAAACCUUACAGACUACCUUCUUGUGUUCGAAGCAGAAAGCUCCAGAAAGGGAGAGCUGUCUGGUACCUCUAGAUUACGAUUGGAAGAACAGUGCAGAUGCAAACCUUUACCUUUGAAGCAAGGAAAUCUAGAGUAAGCUAGAGAGGAACUUCCUAGAAACCCUGUACCAGAGUACAGCCACCACUUUAUAUAAAAUGUGACUCUGAACAUAUCAAAUGCAUGGAAGAAGGGGGGGGGAGGAUUAGAAAAGCAACACCAUCUUUCACAGCCUCAUCCACUUCAACGAAUCGGUUUUUAAUCAUCUGAUCUUUCACCUGUAAGCAGAAAUAAAACCUCCCAUGCUCAGUA